AUGAGCUCUUUCAAUGAAGAAGAAUUGGCGGCCGGGGAGGUGAAUCCACUCGACACAUCGGUAGACGCACAUCAGCUAGCGCUUAUCCGACCGAGAAACGAAUUCUUCUGUGAGAUUUGCCGAGCAAGACGCCCAGGUCGCAAAUUCUACACACCGCUUGAUCGUCAGGAACAGGAAAACUGGUUAAUUCGUCUGAAUUUGCCCAUCGAUCGAGCAGCCGUUUUGCGAAAUCGUAUGGAUUUACGACAAGUUGUAAUGUGCGCUCUUCAUUUUCCCCCGGAAACGGCCGAACACGAGACGGCGAAUCUCAUCCCCCCAAUGGACCUAUCGAUAGAAGAAAAUCGAAAUCUUUUUGCACAAAUGGAACGCGGUUUACUGGCGGUGACUUUCGAGAAAGGACAACGAACGAAAUUGGGUGAUAAAAGGACACCAAGUAGCGAGAACCUAAUCACAAUUCGGACAAAUAUGCGCGGGCGCCCAAAACGACAACCGGAUAUGCCAAAAGCAAAAUAUCGACCAAACAUUGAACGAAUGCACGAUGUACUCAAGUUUACACGGCCACGCAAAGCACCAUCUUUUCUCUACGAAAAAGACCUCCUCGAAUCACAGUAUGUCCUCAGUUUGCUUCAUCUAGCUGAAGCCAACUCGCUAUCCUUGGAUGCAACGCUCCUCAACUAUGUUCACCGGUUAGCACCAAUCAGAAUUCGAACAGAAGCGAUUCGGAGUAAUACAAUGUAUGAACAUUUUGUUUGCUCGGCUUGUUCCGUGGUUCGACGAGGUCCUUGCUUUCCAUUACCACCACCGGGAAAACGACGCAAUGAAUGGGUUAAUCGACUGGCAUUAUCAAGAAAAGAGUGGAUUGAGCCUUUGGUAGUGAAAGCCGGGCAACUAUGUGGGCUGCAUUUUGAUCCGCUUGUGACUAUUGGAAGCUCUUUUGAUCCAGAUCCCGAUCCACUUGAUAUGCAAAAUGCUGAAAAUAGACGGCUCUUCCGUGAUCUAUAUGAGGGUGAACUAAAAGCUAUCAAUCACAUUGGGCAAGUUGGCAAAGCGAAUCAAUUUUUCCUUGACGGUCCACACUCAAUGCAAGAUUACGCCGACAUUGUAGAAAUGGAAAGUCGCGAAAUGAACGAGCUUACGAAUUCUCAUUCAAGGAAUUUGCAGGAGCGUAGAUUCAGACAGGAAAACAACAUUGAAUAUGUUGCUAUCAAUGAUGAUCACGAUCAGUACAGAGAACAUGUAAUCGAGGAGGAGAUAUUAUUAGCGCCAAAUGAUGGCACAACUUUGGUAGUUGAUGAACAUGGAAAUGUUAUUGAAACAACAACAGAUUCGAGAUACGUUUACAUUGAUGAGGGAGGAGAUGCGCCAAUGCAGUAUGUUGUGGAAUCAGAUGGUGAACCAAUGCUAGCUCCUUCUAAAGCGAUUGAUAAAAUGGAAAAACGGGCAGAUUAUCAUCAAACAAAUCAGAUGCACGACAAACCGCCUACUGAUUUCACUGAAAGGACGUUGAUUUCGACUCAAAAAUUGGCAGCGAAAGCUCAUGGGCGACAAAUAUCUGAGCAUGAAGGCGGUCAUUUGAAAGUCGACGAUGAACAUCUACCCACAAAACGAUCGAAGCUGGGAAUUCACGAUGUUCCCUACAAUGAUGUUGAUGAACGUUUCAUGAAAGAAUAUGUUGAAGAAGAGGUGGUAAUUGCAGAAGAUGUCGUUGGGAAUGGAGAAAAUGAAGGAGAACAAGGAGAGCUCAAUGUUGAAGACUACGAUGAUGACUUGGAUAAAGAAGCAUUGUGGGAUAUAAAUGAUGCUGAACCUGGAACUUCGCAAUAUGUGCAGCAUGGUUUGGACAUGAUUCAACCUCGUCGAUAUGCGAUUAGGCAAGUGAAAAGGGUGAAUGUCGACAUGCAAUCGAUCAGCGCUCGUAGUGAGAAACGGCAGCGACUUUGGAAGAAUUUACAAUAUGAGGUGAAUCCGGAAACGUUACGCGAUCUCGAAAACAAAGCACUAAUGGGCCAAAGUAUACCGAUCUGCCAAACGCAUUUCCCGCUUGAGAUGCGUGUUGAGAGAAUGCGUCAUAUUGAGGAUGCUCUAUUCCCGAAUGGGCGACGAAAUUUGAAUUGCAUGAUUUGUGGUCGAAUGGGGGAAGCAGGAAAUUUCUGCCAAAUGACGAAAGAUGGGCAAUCAAUGUAUCGUUUGUUCUCAAAGACAAACCUCUCACACCAACAACAGGAGCAACUUCGGACUCUCGUCAUGAACAACGAGCUGACUCUGGUGUGCACUGAUCAUUAUGAUGCGGCUAUCAGACCGAAUGCUUUUUUUGAUGUCGAAUUAGAGCAAGAACUGGUGGAUGUAAGAAGGAAACCGCACGCAAAAAGAUUGGAAUAUUAUCGCCAAACCGUUCAUUGUGUUCUGUGUGGGAAAGCCGCGGCACGACCAAGUACGAGAAAAAUGCCUUCACACGCACGAGCCAUGCAAAUAGUUUUCGAUUACGCAAGAGUGUCUUUAAAUAUUCAACAACGAAUUUUGGACGAAGUGCGAAGACGUGCUGCUCAUAUGCCUGUUUGCCGACAACAUUUCCCACCGGCUAUGCGGCAAUUGAGAGGUCGUUAUUGGCAUCGAGAAUUGGAGAAGUUGAUUCAAGAGGGAAGUUUCGAUGAACCAGUCUCUGGAUCAACUUUGUUUGCCGGCUUAAAAGAAGAACCUCAAGCAUCAAAUGGUAGUGACAUAUCGGACGAGGAAGAGCUUGAUGACGAAGAAGAAAAGUUGAUCAUGGAUUCUCCAGAAAGGCUGGUGCUUUCUACAGACGCUCACCAAAACGAUUCGCGAAAAGAU